CACAACAAACAUGGCGGCUAGAUACGGUUGAGCACAAACAAGCGCCGGAUAUUCUCUGAACCCGUUUUUAAUCACAGAUACCCGAUAACAGCACUCAUCUCCGUGUCUUGUUCUCAGGAUGGAGUCUGCCUCGUUCACCGAGGAAGUUUCCGAAAGAAAAGUGUGUAUUGUAGGAUCGGAGCUGGUGGAAAACUACACGGCCUACAUCAUCGAGGUGACGGACGGGGAACACAGAUGGACUGUAAAACACCGCUACAGUGACUUUCAUGACCUUCAUGAGAAGCUGACAGUGGAGAAGAAGGUGGACCGACAUCUGCUUCCCCCUAAGAAGAUGCUGGGUAAGAACUCCAGGAGUCUGGUGGAGCGGCGGCAGAAGGAGCUGGAGCUCUACCUUCAGACGCUACUGCUGCAGUUUCCACAGGCCACACCUACACCGCUCACUUCCUUCCUGCACUUUCAUCUCUAUGAGAUCAAUGGCAUCACAGCUGCACUGGCAGAGGAACUGUUCCACAAAGGUGAGCAGCUGCUCCAGGCUGGUCAGGUGUUUUCCCUGUCUCCUCUGCAGCUUUACUCCGUCUCCCAGCAGCUUCGUCUGGCCAAACCCACUUGUUGUAACGGAGACGCCAAGACCGACCUGGGACACAUCCUGGAUUUCACUUGCAGACUGCGGUACCUCAAGAUUUCUGGUACCAGAGGUCCAGUAGGAACCAGUAACAUCCAGGAGAAUAGCCUCCCCUUUGACCUGUCUGUCUUCAAGUCACUGCUGCAGAUAGAGAUCAGAGAGUGUUGGUCCAACCACAUCGGAGGUCUGUCGUCUUUGAGGCCGACUGUGGAGACUCUGAGUAUUCAUGGCUCCACUGACACCAUGAUGUCGAUCCUGGUCCCAGAGUCCAGGGAGUUCUCUCAGUGGGAGGCUGAGGGCGCUGAGUCUGGCUGUCCCGUCACCGCUGUCAUCCCUGUUUGGAGGAAACUGACCACUCUGGACAUGAGCCACAAUAACAUCAGCUGCAUUGACAGCUCAGUGAAACUGAUUCCUAAGGUGGAGUUUCUGGAUCUGAGUCAUAACCAGCUGUCUUCAGUGGAAAACCUUCAGCACCUGUACAACCUGGUCAAUGUGGAUUUGUCUUAUAACAAUCUGUGGACGCUGGAAGCUGCUCACACUUGCCUGGGAAACAUUAAAACUAUGAGCCUGGCGGGGAACCAGCUGGACAGUCUGAGCGGCCUCACCAAGCUCUACUCUCUGGUCAACCUGGACCUGAGCCACAACCAGCUCACACAGUUGGUGGAAAUCAGGAAUAUUGGUUCUCUUCCCUGUUUGGAGAAACUCAACCUGUCCAGUAACCCAAUGUGCAUCAUCCCAGACUACAGAACCAAGGUCCUGGCCCAGUUUGGAGACCGAGCAGCAGAGGUUUGUUUGGAUGGUAAAGUGACAACUGAAAAGGAACUGGACACAGUGGAAGUGUUGAAGGCCAUCCAAAAAGCCAAAGAAGUCAAAGACAGGAUGAGCAGUAGCGAUAAGAAGAUCAGUGAGGAGUCCAUGCUGUCAGCCCCGCCCUCGCACCUUGGCUCCUCCUCCUCCUCUGAUGUUGCUCCUCCUGCUGUCACCUCCUCCUUUUCUUCCUCUUCCUCCUCUUGUGUAGCCCAGCUGUCUGCCUCCCCCAGCCAAGAUGUGACAAACAGAGAAGAAACGGCAGUUUACCCUAGUGUCCUCCCCCCAGCUGAGGCCCCUCCCCCUGCCCCCACAAGAUCUAAUACUAAUAUACAUCACUUGUCUGUUGCCCCCACACAGAUUCAGCAUUGUGAUGAACACACACAGCGAGCAGCGCCAACACCAUCUAUCUGCGGCAUCUGCUCAUCUUCCUCAUCCAAACCAGCUGAUACCAGAUGCUCCCUCUGCAGCGCCCCCUACUGUCCUCUACUUUCACAGCUCCUCCUCUCCCUAUCCUUUUCCAACAAAGACUUCAUUUCCCAGCUGUCCUGGCUUCUCAGAUGUACACUAAUGGAGAGGAAGAACAUGGAGGAGGAGGAAAGAGAGAAAAAGAGAUGUGACACCCAACAUACUGACCUCCCCCCAGAGGAGGCGGAGACAUGUCCCAGUCCAGGGUCCAGGGAUGGGUACUUUGAGAUGGACCUGGGUGACUCUGUGGAGGAGCCUCUUUGCUCCUCCUCCACUUCGCCCUCUGAUCAUCCUGCAGAGGAACAUCCAGGCCCCCAGGGAGCGCUGCAUGAGGAGGCGGAGGACCCAGAUGUGCACAUCAGCAGCAUUCUGUGGUGUUACUGUGUGCAGGUGGAUGAAGAAGUGGAGCAGAGGAAGGCCUGUCUGGUGCUGACAGACCAGUGGCUGGGACUCCUUUAUCUGUCACAUGAAGUCACAUGGACCAUUCAGCAGGCAGAUAAAUGGAAGCAAGACCAAGAUGGGAGUGUAUCUGUGGACCAGCUUCUGUCCGGUCUGCAGGUCCACCUCCUCCUGCCUUAUUCCCAGAUGUGGUUUUCCUCUGAUCCUCACUUCCCCGACCUCUGCCUGGCCUUCGGUCUUCAGUCUGGAGUCACACGAUGGUAUUUAUUCUCAGAGGCUGGAGAACUCAGUCGGAUCAGGACAGCGCUGAUCCAGGUGGAUGUGCAGGCACACUCACCCUCUCCACUCCUCCCACCCUCCCUGUUCAACUCCUGGGAGGUGGAGGAGAGUCAUGGAGCUCAGAGGGGUUACUGUGCCUUCGUCCUCCCACCUCCCUCACAGGACCCCCGCCCUCUCCUCUCAGACAUCUUACCCCACCCAGAUAAGCCCUACCUCCCCUCUCUGCUCUUCCUGACCCACCGACAUCUGUGGGUAGUGAAGGUGGACUUUAACCAGUUGGCAGAGCACAACCAGAGCAGUGGUAGCCUUCAUCCCUCCACCUCCACCUCCUCCUGGUGCAGGCUGGUUCGUUUGCCUCUUGGCUCAGUGAUCCUUCAGGUCAAGGACAAAACCACCAACAUUCCUUGUUCUGAUCAGAGACACCAUCAGCGGUGGAGCCAUGCUGUAACUGUGAUGCUGGGCGGUUGGAGGCUGCUGCUGCUCUUUACUUUGUCCCAGGACAGGAGCUCAUUUGUGGGUGAGCUGAGCCAGUACAGAGCAUCUCUGGGGGGGCUGAAGGUGGUAGCGCUCCCCCAGCCCUGUAGAACCUACAUGUAUCAGCAACAACACACACAAGGUGGGUCCAGGUCCAGGGAGCAGUGCUGUUUUAGCAAGAGGGGACCAGGCUCCAGCAGCUGGGACUCCUCCUGUCUUCAGAUGGAGGUCAACCACCCGCUGCCUCACCUUCACCCUGGUCUGUCACCAGGACUGAAGCUCCUGGCUGGGCUGGAUGGUCAGGAGCUGCUGGCCUACUUCCACAGAUACAUCGCACAGACUCAGGUGGAGGAGCUGAGGCAGGUCCUGUGGCUCUCUGUGGUUCUUUACACCUGUCCAGAGGUUGAACUCACCUGUUGUCUGCUGCUUUCCACUGGUGCCAUCUACUUCCUGUUGGAGGACUCCGCCUCCACCCUCAGUCAUCACUCAGGUGUUGUUAUAACAGACUGUGGAGAUCCAGAUAUCUGUUUGUGCUGCUGUCUAUCCAUCAAUCUUUCUGAGCUACUGUCUGUCAACGUAGGAUUGUUUGAUCAGUACUUCAGGGUCGUAGGUCGUUCGGCUGAUCACAUCAUCUGCUGCCUCAGCAGAGACAGUUACGGUACAGGUUUGUUCCUGCAGGAGUUGAUGUCGGUUCUGAGUCUGUUGCAGCAGCUCCCACCUCCGGAACCAUCUGAACUGGACUUCUAUUCCCAGUUCACUAGCACCGCCACAGGGAAGAUGCACAACUAUGAGCUGGUCCACAGCAGCAGGGUGAAGUUCAUUUACCCUAGUGAGGAGGAGAUGGGAGACCUGACCUUCAUCGUGGCAGAGAGAAAGACUCCGGCCACAGUGGCGUCAUCAUCCUCACACUCCUUCAACAUCCUGCUGUAUCUGCUGGUCUUCCAGGUCAAAGUGCCUGGUCAGGGCUCUGGCCUGUCAGGCCCCUCCCCCUUAGCUCCUGGCUCUGCCCCCUCACCAGUUCUUCAGCCCAGGACUCUGAUACUGACCAGCAGUGACGUGUUCCUGUUGGACGAGGACUACAUCAGCUACCCUCUGCCAGACUUUGCCAAAGAACCUCCGUCCAGGGAACGGUACCAGCUGCGCGAGGCUCGGAGGAUCCGGGACCUGGACCGGGUCCUGCUGGGCUACCAGACCUACCCACAGGCCUUGACGCUGGUGUUUGAUGACCUUCCGGGUCCAGACCUACUCUGCCAACUUACCAUGGACCACUUUGCCGCAGGGAACCAGGAGGAGACCCCGCCCAGAGGGGGUGGGGCCAGUGGGAGGGCAGACGGAGAGGUCCAGUGGUGUGUGUUUGUCCCUGGAGCCGACAGCAGGGAGAGGCUGAUCUCACUUCUGGCCCGCCAGUGGGAGGCGCUGUGCAGCCGGGAGCUUCCUGUUGAACUGACGGGGUGAUGGAGUUGGCAUGUCACUGCUCUGAUUGGCUGUUUAAAGGUGUCGGUCAACUCUGAACAAAGACCAUCAUACACAGUAUUAGCUGAUGUUGUCUGGAGGACGUCAAUUGUCUGACUUUAAGGACAGACAUGACAGGGUUCAGUGUUCACAGACUUUAUGUAUGUGGAGAACGGAGAUGAGGGAAUACAACAGUGUCCAUCGACUCAUCCAUUUUUAUUCAUCCACUCAUUCAUAUCCAUCCAUCCCUCCAUCCAUCCAUCCAAGGCAAGGCAAGGCAGAUUUAUUUGUAUAGUACAAUUCAUACACAGGGCAAU